AUGGUUCAGUAUAUAUUCACACCUUGGCGCAACCGCGCCGAGCUCCUCGCUGUUCGCGCACAGUUUUACCCAGAACAUACCUCAAAAACACACUUGAAGAAGCAUCAUCAAUCAACAUUUCAAGACGACGAGCACAUCCGCUCCGAGAAGCAAAAAGCAGUCGCCCGCGUAUCCAUGUGGAUGCAGCGCGGCGGCUGUCCUCACAUGGUCGAGUCGACUGCGCUUCUGGUCGCUGCAAUUCUGAGCGACGAGGCCCAGGGCUCGGGUGCCGCGGGGGGGUAUGCCGUGCGCGCGGCGUACUCUGCAGCCUUUAGCCGAUUCGUCACUGGUCUGCUGGAUUCUCAUCAGGACAAGCAGCGCAAGCAGUCUAUGUAUGACGUAGCCAAAGCGGUUGGGUUACCAGCUGCUUUUGUUGAGCUGAGGCAUCAGGCUACGCAUGAGCAGUUGCCAAGUUUGACGAGGUUAAGGUCGGCUGCACGCAGGGCGCUAGAAUGGAUUUGGUGGUAUUACUGGAAGGGACUGGGCCCCGUGGAUAUGGUCCAGCGGGGUGUGAACGGGAAAGGGGUUGCGGGGGUAGGGGACACAAGUGAGAGUGAGGAGAAAGAUGUGGGGGAGGAAGGUGGUGAUGCUGCCGCUAGGUGUCGCGAGGGGGUAGUGCGACUUCUGGAGAGUGACGUGCGGGUUGGAGGGGAAGCCAUUAAUGGACCUGGGAAAGAGGAGCUAUUGGCUGAGUUUGGUGAAGCAUUGGUUCUGACAACAUUAGAUGCUGCUGCGGGGAACACGCGCGAUGUUGGGGUGUUGCGGCGGGCAAUCGGGCUGAUGAGAGAGAUUGUGAACGGAGGGGAUGAAGAUUGCAUGCAACUUGAGAACGGAAAGGGCAAUAGGGAUGUUGAAAAGCUCAAAGAGGAGUUGAAGAAAGGGUGGGAGGAAAUUAAAAGGUUAGCGCAAGAGAAAGAGGACAGCGGGGACGACCAGACUGAGGACGAAGAUGUGGAUAUGGAAGCUGAAGAGGAGGAUAAGAAGGAACAGCAGUCGGGCUGGGUGCUGUAUGAUGAAAAGGAGUGGGUGCCCAAGCCAAUAGGCAUUGUCUAA